CUUGGUGACAGAGAUCCAGAGGUUCCGGACAGUGGCCGACGCAACGAAGCCGGGCAGUGCAGCGACUGCAGAGCGGCAGACGGUCAGAUCCCGGCUACAGGCUCCCAGGUCCUUGGUCCUCGAGUGUAGGAGCAGGGCCGACCUCUGCUUCGGUGGGCAAAAGCGGCCGCAGAGACCCCAAUGUUUUCUCCCACUCACCCAGGUGGAGUCAGUUUGAGUCCAGUACACUUACAAGCAAUAGCUGGGAGCCCUGUAAGAGAAUGAGUGAGAGGGACUUUCGGAGCUGGAGCACAGGAGUCUGUCUUUUGGUGCUCUGCUUGGCCACACUGUGGGCACGGCUGGCAUUUGCUUCAUCACAUCCUCGGACUCACACAGUACAUGUGGAACCUGGCACUUGUGAAGUGAUUGCUGCCCAUCGAUGCUGUAACCGGAACCGAAUUGAGGAGCGAUCCCAGACAGUCAAAUGUUCCUGCUUCCCAGGCCAGGUGGCAGGGACCACUAGGGCAAAACCCUCCUGUGUGGAUGCUUCCAUUGUCCUGCAGAAGUGGUGGUGUCAGAUGCAGCCCUGUCUGCCUGAGGAAGAGUGUAAAGUGCUCCCAGACCUGUCUGGAUGGAGCUGUAGCAGCGGGAACAAAGUCAAAACCACCAAGGUCACACGAUAGCCCUUGAGGACAUAUUCUGGCCUGGAGAGGAACAAUGGAACCAUGAGCCAAAGAAGGCUUGAGAGGAACCAGGGUCCUAGAAGAUGGGAAUAAUUGGAAACUCUUGGGUGGACCUGCCUCAUCAGAAUUACAAAGCAAUGGAAACACUGUCCUCUGGUGGACCUGAACAUCAUUGCAAUGUCCUCUUUCCCAGGGGUAUUUCCAUUAAGCAAGCAACAAGGGUUUCCAUAAUAUCCUCUGUGGAGAUCUCUGUGCUAAGUGAAGACAUAUAAGACAUAAUUCCUGUCCUGAGGGAGCGUACAGUCUAGCUGGAGAGACCAGACACACACAGAAAACUGUCAGAG